CACAAGUUUUCAAUCAAUAAAAAAUAAUAUGCCUUUGAUUAGAUCCUAAUUAUUUUUUCUCCUUUUUCCCCCUACUCUUAAACUUGCAUAUAUAAAUAUACUCUCCUUUCCUCUAUAUAAAUAUAUACAAAUACACGUAUACAUUAUAUACCAAUUCCCCUUUCCUUUCCUUUAAACUAAGAAUUCAUGCUUAAAAAACUAUCCUUUCAUUUACACAAAUCACAACCACAAAAGCAUGAGCAAUUGAAUCGAGAUUCUUUAAUUGAUCCCGAGGUUUCAGGCCGUUAUGUUACAAUGAACACAGAUUAUACUCGAGAUGCAUUUAUUGAGCCAAAUGUUUCUACAAUAGUAGUAAAGCCAGUAAGCCAAAUAAUGGAUAUGCAUUCAUAUCAAUUUUCUGAAGAAAAUUAUGGACAUUAUCAUUCAAAUACUAUUCGAAGUUACACAGAACAAGAUGAUAGUAAUUUAAAACCUCCUCCAUUAACAAUUGAUCAUUUUAAUAAUGAACCAGCAUCUUCUGGAAUGAGAAAUUCACACAAUUUUCCCUCACCUGCUUCCAUUCCAUCUCCACUUACCCCGCAAUUUGAAGAUAAGAUGAGUAGUACUAAAUCCGUUUCAGAGAGUGAAAUAGAGAUAUUAAUACAAGAAGGAAUUACUUUUCAUGAAAAAGGUCAACUUGAGAAAGCAACCCAAUUGUUUCGUAUUGGUGCUGAGAAGGGAAAUCCAAUUGGCAUGUUUCUUUACGGUGUCUCAUUAAGGCAUGGUUGGGGAUGUAAAAAGAAUGAACAUAUUGCCUUUCAGUAUCUUCAAAAGGCUGCUGAACAUGCAGUAGAAGAUCUAGCAAACAUUACAAAUACAGUCAAUACAUCCGCUUCUAAACAUGAACUCAUUAUGGCUAUUUAUGAGUUAGGAGUUUCUCUUAGACAUGGAUGGGGCUGUAAAAAGAAUAAAGAAUCUGCUGUUCAAUUUUUCAAAAUAGCUGCCGAUUUAGGUGAUCCUGAUGCACAAAAUGACUUGGGACAUUGUUAUUAUCAUGGACAAGGCGUUAAAAAGGACUUAUAUUUAGCUGCUAAAUAUUAUCGCAAAGCUGAUAAACAGGGUCAGGGUAUUAUGGGCAACUCUUGGAUUUGGAAGCCUAAAUAUGAUAAACCUCCAAAAUGAAAUUACACGUGACUUAACGUAUUUUUUAUAUAAAUGUUAUAAUUCUUCCUUUUUUCAUAAAAUUUAUUAAUUGAAACUCGUUGUCAACAGCGAAUUCAUAGUUUUUUUUUUAAAAAAAAAA